UUAGUUGCGUCAGUAUAUACAUUUCCAGCAAGCGUGAUGUCGUCACCUUCUGAGAAUGCUGCUGCGUUGGAACAUUCUUCUUCCUAUGUGAAAUAUUUUUCAGCUGAAGGAUGGGAUGAUUCAUUUGUAGAUACUGUGGAAUCCUUUGAAAAUUCUGACGGUAUUUUCCACACACCCAAGUCUACUCGUGCUUUGUUUGUUGAAGGUUUAUCAUCGAGUUCAAUCGAGGAUACUACGCGUUCGGUUGUGUUGUCAACACAUCGUGAACAUGGCUUUGGCGCUUGUGAAUCUGAUAUGUCAGAGGCAUCUGUGGUUGAGCAUGGCAUGUCAUUGCCAAUCGGGACAGGUAGCUCAUUCUCGAAUUAUGAGUCCUACCGCAUUCCUAAGAAGAUUAUUAUAACGUUGCGUUUUUCUGAUUUAUUGCGUUAUCCGUUAUUGCGUCUAUCGAAUUGCAUAAGUGUUUUAAGAUUUCAGCGUUCUUUAUUGGAUGAAACUGCGGGAUCGGAUUCUGUAUACCGUCGCAUGAAGGUAGUCCCUUCUGUAUUAUCAGUGACAUCCAUUUCUGGUUUAUUAUUUAUGCGUGACUUUGUAAAAGCUUAUUACAAACGUUAUGGAUGGAAGGGAUUUUACCGUGGUUUCAGUGAAUAUCUAUUGUAUCGUUUUUAUCGUGACGUUAUGAAGUACAUUGUACCUCGUUUUAUCGUACCGCGUUUAAGUGCAUUUUGUGGCUCUCUAUAUCACAGUGCAUUAUCAGUUGAGCCUGCGUCAGUCAGUCACUUACGCAAUCGUUAUCUUAAACAACUUAGUGCUGACAACGACUCAUCCGGCUGGAAAAAGAGCUCUUUGUACAAAUUCAUUGAGCGCAAUAUACGUUUUGAUAGCUACAGGUUCUUUGUGGACGCAUUAGUAGAGCUUUUCACAUACCCGUUAUUAACACUUUCAUGUCGUAUGAUGAUAUAUGACGGUCCCUAUGUACUGAACACAUGGAGCUUAUUUAACAGCAUUGUAACGUGGGACGGGUACUCGACAUUAUACAGCGGCUUUACGUGGCAUAUGGUAUCUUUGGUAUUUGACCAACUGACGCGCAAUUACCAACGUAAGCAUUCUGGUUUGUUUAUGGGAAGACAUGCAUCUACACUCGACCAGUGCGUUCCCUUUUUGCUUACUGUUGGUUCCACCGUUAGCUAUCAGGUAUCGUUAGCUCAGCGUUGCAUGUCAUCUAUGGAUGGUUUCUGCAUGCCUACAUCAUCAUUAUCAGCCCUUUCUGCUUUCCCUUGGAUGACCUUAUUCGUACAGAUGGGUCUUGCUGCAUGGGUUAUGCGUCUGAAGGAUAAACUAGAAACCUAGUCUGUAAUGUAAAUGCCACAUUUUUGAUUAGACCAUGCAUUUGCCACGCUCGUACUAUAGCGUUACAUAGAUUCCAGGGAAACGCUAAUAUUUUAUAUUACUCGC